GUGGGUAAUUUCUAUCCACCCGCGAUGAUAUAAAGGGAUGAAAUCUGCAAAACCCAUGAGAUUCCACUGAGCUUUGACGGGAAGAAAGUGUGGCAGAUAGUCAGUCAUUCGCCAAUAGGAAAUAGCACGAUCGGAUAGGCUUCGAAUGAUGAACAUGGAUGACACGAUUGACAAGCUUCCCGAACCCAAAGAUGUCACAUACCAACGUCCGGUAAAGCUCGACGAUGCUCUCUUGAUGACCAAAUUUGGCAUCUACAAUCUAUGCCUGAUAACAAUUUCCGGUACUAUUCUCGCGGCCGUUCUACUAGAAACGUUGGGCAUCAGCUACGUUCUUCCGGUGGCAGAGUGUGAUUUGCUGCUAACCACAAAAGAAAAGGGUGUGCUGAGUGCAAUCUCAUUCGCCGGCAUCAUCAGCAGUUCCCAUCUGUGGGGCUUCCUGGCCGAUACGAGAGGUAGAAGAACGGUCAUACUGCCGACAUUGUUCCUUGCCUUUGUGUCUACCGUGCUGUCCAGCUUUACGACCAAUUUUUGGUUAAUUACGCUUACGCGGUUCUUCACCGGAUUUUUCAUUUCCGGGUCGUCAGCUACGAUCUAUGCGUACCUGGGAGAAUUCCAUGCCAAAUCGAACAGUUCUCGUGCCAUUAUGGGAGCUUCCUUUGUGUUCGGCGUGGGAUGCAUCCUGCUGCCACUAAUCGCGUGGUCCGUAAUCAAUCAGGAGUGGGAAUUCACGAUCCCAUUACUCAACAUCGUGUAUCGUCCCUGGCGACUGUUUAUCGUAGUGUGCGGUUUGCCGAGUCUCGUGUGCGGCAUAGCAUUGCUAUACUUCCCGGAAAGUCCCAAAUUUCUAUUCUCCAGAGGUCACGAACAGGCAACGAUCGAGAUCGUGCACAAGAUGUACCGAUGGAACACGAGUGGUAAGGGGUCCAAGCUGGAGCUUAGCUCUCUACUACCGGAAACCGAAGCACAGCAAACUAAAAUCCGUCGCGAGGAGGCGGCCAACGGCAAGAGCGUUAUGCGGUUGCUGAAACAAAUGUGGCAGCAAACGGCACCGUUGUUCAUGGGCACGUACCGCAACCGCACCACCAUCAUCUGUGUGCUGCAGUUCGGCAUUUACCUAACGUCCAACGGGAUGUACAUGUUCUUCCCCGACAUUCUGAACCGAAUAGCAGAGCUGGAGGAUCAGGGAGUUACCCGGACGACCGUCUGCCAAGCAGUCUACAGUACGAAGGUAGAUCUUAGCGCGUUGCAACUGCCAGAACUUAAUGCAACGGCAUUGCCGGAAGUGUGCCACCAGAAGCUGGACAUUUCUGCCUACGAACACUCGUUUGUGCUGGAAACCAUAUACGCACUGGGAUUCGCGGUGAUCGGGCUCAUCAUCAAUGCAGUUGGCAAACUGCCCAUCCUGGUGUUCAUAUUUGGCUUUUGUGGAAUUUGCGGGAUAUUGAUCGUGUUUAUCGACUUACCUCUGCUGGCCAUCUGGUUCUACGUGAUACUGUUAACGUGCGGAUUCUGCAUAAGUGUCGUUAAUGCCUGCACGGUGGAUUUGUUCCCCACCAACUUGCGUGCAAUGGCGGUGUGCAUCUCGCUGAUGUUCGGCAGAUUGGGAAGCGUAGUUGGUGCGAACAUUGUUGGUUUGCUGCUGGAUUCACAGUGCGAGCUUACGUUCUGGAUUUCCGGGGUUUCGCUCAUCGGUUGCGGUGUGCUGUCCUUUUUCAUUCCCAACAUAUACAAGCGCAAUGCGACGGCAGACAGGUUCAGCGUAUCAUCACGGUGAACGGGCUGUAGUCCUUCUAGUAGCUUGUUGCCUUACUAGCUUUAAGUUCGAAGCCUGAUGUUUGAUUCACUAUA